UGAGUAAUAUUUAUUUUUGUUAUUUCCCUUUCUAACUUUUUUUCUGGACACAAUUCUAGCUCAGCUCUGCUGCUACAGUAUGCCCAGCCUGCAGAAACUGAUCCUAAUUAUCCUAGAGCCACCUACAGGGACUUUCCUGUAAAGUUGCAGCCCAAUAGCAGGCAGAGCAUGAAACAUACGCUUUGAUCAAAAGUUCUGGUAUCGGCUGUAGGCGGAACACUCCCUUGUGAGGGUGGGAGCAAUGGACAUUGGAAGAGGGAGGGUACUAUGAGAGAAAAGUUAUUUAUUUAUGGAACAGCGUGGAGGAAACAUGUUAGGGGAAGCCAAUGUUUUCCCUGGACUGGAGCAGGCAGCCACUGAUAUUGUACAAGGGAUAUGGAACAAGUGAGAAUGGACAUGCUACAGGAAGAGAAUCAUGUUACAGAGACUUGUGCAACACAAGGCAAAAGCCUAAGGCGGCUGAAAUCGCUUGUUACCUGCUGCAUCUUGGGACUCUGCAUCCUGGCAGUCUUUAUAGUUUAUCUGAUGGUCCAAGGGUUCAUGCUGUACCAAGAACUGAAGGGGAUCUAUCAGGUUUCAGAUAAAGCUGCAGUUCAUCCCCUCUCAUUCAAAGAAAUGGAGUCUGAUAAUUAUAUGGCGAAACCCCGUGCUCAUCUAACAGGUAAAAAGCAACUGAACUACGUUUCAAAAGUCCAAACUCUACAGUGGGAAAAUCGCCAUGGUCUGGCCUUCACUGAACACGGAAUGCAUUACACAAAUCAAAGUCUUGAGAUCCCUAAAACAGGGUAUUACUUUGUCUAUUCUCAAGUGACUUUCCGUUUGACUGCAAAUACCGCAGAAAAAAAGGGUAAAAUCGAACACGUGUCACUGACUAUCAAAAAGAUAACAUCCAAGUAUCCUGAACCUGAGGAACUUAUUAGUGGAGCCAAGAAUGUCAAUGAAUAUGAAAGUGAAGGGUACCGACCUAUUUAUUUGGGAGCAUUGCUAUUUCUGGAAGAAAAAGACCAACUAAUUGUGGAGGUCAGUGAUAUACAAAUGGUUGACGUCACCGUGGAACACAAAACUUUCUUUGGUGCUUUUAUGUUAUGAGUGAGGACAGCACUGGUUUACUCUGAUAAAUGAAUGUCGUAGUCCUUUUAUUUACCGAAUUAAAUAAAUAGAUAAAUAAGAGGAUACUCUCCAUUUUGGGGAACUGAAGCCUCUUCUUACUACUGCCAGUCUUAUGCAAUAAGAUAUUUCACCUGCUGAAUUGCUUACCUGCUGCUUACCUGAAUUUCCCCACCAUCCCCUGCCGUCCCAUAGUAAAACACAAAUGCUGUGCAGAGUGCAAAGUACAAGUGCACCUGCACCGCAACUGAUGUGGCUAUGAGUAGCACAGCAGCCUUAUUCUAUAAUUAUGAUAUAUAUUAUAUAUAUUAUAUAUACUGUAUAUAUAUAUAUAGUGGUGUGAAAAACGA